UAUCUUUAUCGAGACAUCAGCCGGGCGCUGUACACGUAUGACGGAAAAUUGCAUGUUUUCGAGACGUUAACCGAGUGUUCCGCGCAGGAAUUGUCCCAGAUCCUUCGGAAUGGGCAUCAACGUUAGCAGGACGGCCGACCUGGCUUCCAACCAGUGGCUUCAGCGCUUCGUGGGCCGCCAGCACAUCGCGCAUGAUGACGAGGCCUUCUGGAGCGGGCUCCUUAACUAUAACAUUGUGCUGCCGGAGAACAGCCAGGAUCAGUUGAACCUGGACAGCCGGUUGGAGGCGCUGUGUCAGUCGUUCAUCGGCAACAACCUGAAGACGGGCAACUUUGGGUCCCUGGUUACAGUGUUCCUGGAGAAGACCAGCGAGCUGCUCUCUCUGUCUGACCAGGAGAGCAACAUGCACGUUUGGCAAACGUUCAACGCGCUGUUCAUCAUCAGAAGCCUGGUCAAGUACAUCAACGAGACGGGCUCCGAGUUUCAGCUGUUGCAGCACUUCGAGGCGAUGCCCAGUCCAGAGCAACUACAGGCGGCCCAGGAGCAGCAGCAGACGCCGCCUGAAAGUGCGAGCAUAGCUAUCGAGGCCACGGAACAGACGGCGGCGACGCCGGUUCCAGUAAUUGUGGACGGGGCCAAGUUCGAGACCUUUAUCGAUGCCUUGGUCAACCUAAUUGUGGUAAUUCCCGUCAAAGAGUUCACCUACCACCUGCACUUGGAGGCCGUCAACACGCUGAUCACGCUGCUGUCGGUGCAUCUUUUCGCCCAGCAGCCCACGGACAAGUCGAUCGUGUUCCGCACCGUCUUCAAGUGCCAACACGCCAAUGUGCUUAUGUCGGCGCUGCUGCACUUCGUGUCACGGAUGGUAGAGGUCCCCCACACCAUGUUCGGUUCCAGCUCGGCCGGAUCGUUUGUUUUUGGCAUCGCCGAGUCCCUACUAUCUAUCUUCACGUUUCGCAAGCAGCCAGACGUGCUGAAGUCAGGCCAAGCCGCCGGCGGAGGUGAGCUUUCGCAGAAAUUCCGCACGCACUAUCCGCUGGCCAACCAGAGUCUUCUGCUGAUCCUGAUACUGACGAAUCAUUGCACGGCGCAGGAGAACGCGUACCGAGCGAGUCUCUUUGGCUGCGCUGAUUCCAAGGACUCGCCGAAGCAGGGAGCUGUAUCCUUCCAGAUCGACUUUUCGGCGGUGUACGAGACGCUGUGCCUAAUCGUGACCAUAGACCAGGCAACGUUGUUGCUUUACCUGCUCCUCCAUCGUAACGAGCGCUUUUAUAGGUUCGUUAUGCAACAGCAGGACUUGGAACAGCUAGUGAUACCCAUUCUGCAGACACUGUAUAACGCGCCCGAUAGCAACUCACAUCACAUUUAUAUGUCGCUCAUCGUUCUACUCAUCCUCAGCGAGGACGAGGGCUUCAACAAGAACGUCCACACGAUAAUGCUUAAGAACAUCACUUGGUACACGGAGCGCACCAUAUCAGAGAUAUCGCUGGGCGGCAUCCUCAUCCUGAUUGUCAUCCGCACCAUACAGUACAACAUGCUGAAGAUGCGGGACAAGUACUUGCACACCAAUUGCCUGGCGGCGCUGGCCAACAUGUCCGGCCAUUUCCGCGCCCUCCAUCCGUACGUGGCACAGCGACUGGUCUCGCUGUUCGAAACACUGGCCCGAAAGCAUACGCGCCUGGAUGCGCAGCUGAAGGAGCCGGCUGACAGCGCGGUGUUCGUCAAUGUGUCUACAACGCCGGAAGAUAUGCUGCAGGAUCUAAGCGUACUGGAGGAGGUACUGCGCAUGGUAUUAGAAAUCCUGAACUCCUGCCUCACCAAUCAGCUGGUCUACUGUCCCAACCUGGUGUACACGCUCCUGUACAAGCGCAGCGUCUUUGAGGGCUUCCGCAGUCAUCACGCCUUCCAGGAUGUCAUCCAGAAUAUCGACAUGGUUGUUGGUUUCUUCUCCUCUCGGCUGCAACGUGUGCAAGAGCAACGUGGCGAACUGGGCGUCAACGAGGUGCUCGAGGUGAUAUCGAAGGGAGCCAGCCAGUGGUCCAGCGAUCGCUUAAGGAAAUUCCCGGAUCUUAAAUUUAAAUACGUCGAGGAGGACGCUCCCGAGGAGUUCUUCAUUCCUUAUGUGUGGACGCUGGUCUGCAAAUACGGCUGCGUGCACUUCAGUUCCGAGAGCAUCAAGAGCGUCACCACGGACAUUGCCUGCUAAUAUUUACCCCUCGCCCCUUUUUAUAUACGCGCACACUCUGUUCCGCUUCGGUUUCUUCUUACACCCUGCGCUUUUAUCUAUUCGUUUUCUGUGGAACCUUGAAUGCCAUUUACUUAGGGAACCUCCGCCCUAAUCCCUGCCUGAUUUAAGCCAAAAUGCCGAAAAAGUUAUAGCAAACAAAAACAAGGAAAACACUCACGCAUCUCGAAACGUUGACGAUAAAUUGAAACAAAAGCUAAACAAGCGAACUAACGAUAAUACUUAGAACUAGUUACGCUAAUACUAUAAUACUGUGCAUUGCCACGCAAUCGGAAAGCAUUAUCCUGGAAACGAUCAUAUUUUGCUGCGUCAACAACUGGAAGCAUACUUAGAGGAGAGUAAAGCUCCAAACGCCUAUCGAUCGACGGUUCUAAUCAACGGGAAGAAGCAAAUUCAAUAAUAAAACAAACGUAUAUAUACAUAUUUAAAAAUCAGAAUA